AUGGAAGAAAAAAAGAAAGUAGAAAUUUAUGGCUCAAGUGUUGCAGGAAACAUCUUUGUUAAAAAAAAUCAAGACUCAAUCGAAUUUAUAUUAAAAGCAAAUAAAAUCGAAUUUUCUUUUGUCGAUGUAGCAGCUGACGACGAUAAACAAAAAUAUAUGAAAAGAAAGAAUGGAGGUGAAAAACGAUUACCCCAAAUUUUUGUGGGUGGUGAAUAUAAAGGGGAAUUAUCACAAAUAAGAGGAUAUGCAAGCAAAAAGAAGAAAAAAAGAGCACCAUUUGUUCCUGCUAAUGCGCUUCCCUUUCUUGAUGCCGUGUCUGUGAUUAAGGCAAUGGAAGUAGGAUGGCCAAAUCAUACAUAUGAAGUACAUGUGAAAUUAGGAUUUGAAAAAGGAGUACAAAAUGUUCGUGUUCAAGAAGCUUUGGAUGCAGGAGCAACUGUAGUGGGUGGUGAAGAAAUUGUAGCCGAAAUACAACAAGGAACAUUUAAAUUUGGAGAAAUUGACAGAUGUCUAGCUACACCAGAUAUGCUUCCAGCAGUUUCAAAGAUUGCCAGAAUUUUAGGUCCCAAACAAUUAAUGCCUACAUUAAAGAAAGGAACUGUAACAGAUGAUAUUAAAGGUGCUAUUAGAGAAAUGGCUGGAAAAUUUGAAUUUAAAAAUGAUAAAGCUGGAAUUAUUCAUGCGGAAAACAUACGGGUUCUUUUAAAUGAAAUAGAUGAACAAGGAAAAGCUCAUUUAUCAAAAUCAAAAUCACGUCCCAAAAGUAUCAUUAGUGAAGUUUGUUUAAAUGCCACGAGAGCUCCAGGAAUCUAUAUACUUGAUUAUAAAGAUAUAAUGUCGGGUGAAAAAUUAAAAUUUAUGGAAUUAAAUUAUCAAGAUUUAAGUCUAAUGAUAGUAUUUGACCAUAAAAUUGAUAAUAUAACAAUUGAAAUAGAUGUUGAGAUAACAGAUAAAGAAUAA